AUGAAAGCGGUCAUCCAACGAGUCAAGUCCGCAUCCGUGACGGUCGAUAAUCAACUGGUAUCUUCCAUUGGGCGGGGUCUUUUGGUCCUGGCGGGAGUCGGGAAAGGCGAUGACGAGAAGGAGGCAGACAGUUUGAUCUCGAGGAUCAUCAGAUGUCGGUUAUGGCCGGACGAUAACGGGAAGCAGUGGAAGAAAAAUGUCCAGGACAUUGAAGGCGAAAUCCUCUGCGUCUCGCAAUUCACCCUCUAUGCGCAAUUAAACAAAGGCAAACAGCCCGAUUUCCACGAAGCCGCCGAUGUCGAAACCGCGCGCAGACUCUAUGACUACUUCUAUCAACGGCUACGCGAAGCAUACAAGCCGGAACGGGUCAAAAACGGUGUCUUCCAGGCGAUGAUGGAUGUCGAACUGAAGAACGAUGGACCGGUGGGUUUAGAUUACCGCAGUGAUGAAGAAGCGGUCACGAUCGAGGUUAAUACGAAACUCCCGAAGAAAGAAAAGACACCGGAAGGGGAUAAGCAGACCGGAAAGAAACCAGAGAAGCCAGAGAAGUCGGGAAAUGCAGAAAAUACAGGGAAAGCCGAGGGCGACAGCGAUAAGGGUGGACAGACCGAGGGCCAGAAGAGCUAUGAAUUCAAGCUCCCCGCGACGCUGCUGGAAUAA